GUCUUGAUCUUAAGACAUCAUAUUUUUCUAGCAAAACAGCCAUCAAAAAGCAUGGCUCAGAUGCCAAUUCUCUCUCUCAUUUGUGCACUCAUUUUGCAGUUAUCUUUAGUAAUUGCAAAUGAUGUUUCUUUAGAAACUUAUAUAGUUCAUGUUGAUUUACCAGGCAGCCCAAUGUUAUCUGAUCAAUCCCAAGAUUUGGAGAGCUGGUACGAGUCGUUCUUGCCGACAACUAUAGCUAGCUCAAUCGAGACGCCCCGGAUGGUUUAUUCCUACCGCAAUGUGUUCCCAGGGUUCGCGGCUAAGUUAACAUCUGAGGAAGUGAAGGUGAUGGAGAAGAAGAAAGGGUUCAUAUCUGCAAGGCCACAACAAGUAUUGCCAUUGCACACGACUCAUACGCCUAAUUUCCUCGGUUUGCACCAAAACAUGGGAUUUUGGCGUGAUUCAAACUAUGGAAAGGGCAUCAUUAUUGGUGUUUUAGAUACUGGAAUAUUGCCUGAUCAUCCUUCGUUUAGCGACGAAGGAAUGCCUUCCCCGCCUGCUAAAUGGAAGGGGACGUGCGAGUUCGGCUUUACUGGUGCCUGUAACAACAAGCUCAUUGGAGCAAGGCAUUUCAGGAAUGGAGAUGGAACUCCACUCGAUUUUGACGGCCAUGGCACUCACACGGCUGCCACUGCAGCAGGCAACUUUGUAAGAGGUGCCAAUCUGUUUGGGAUGGCCAACGGCACGGCAGUUGGCGUGGCGCCUCUGGCUCACUUGGCUAUGUACAAAGUCUGCUCACCUUCGUGCUCCGAGAGUGACAUAUUAGCUGCUAUGGAUACUGCCAUUGAAGAUGGUGUGGACGUGCUUUCCAUCUCGCUUGGUGGACCAUCCAGGCCAUUUCACGACGACAACAUUGCGCUUGGUGCAUUUAGCGCGAUGGAGAGAGGAAUUUUCGUCAGCUGCUCUGCAGGAAACUUCGGUCCCUCUUACACAUCGUUGUCAAAUGAAGCCCCGUGGAUCCUCACCGUUGGUGCAAGUACAAUUGACAGGAAAUUGGUGGCCACUGCAGUGCUGGGGAACAAGCAGGAGUUGAAUGGUGAAUCAGCGUUCCAGCCGCAGGAUUUCCCUGCAGAGCAGCUUCCCCUAGUUUACCCCGGAUUAAAUGCUAGUGACUUCAAUGCUCAGCAUUGCAGCAUAUCAUCGUUGAACGACACAGGUGUGAAAGGAAAAAUUGUCUUGUGCAACAUAGGUGGCUGGACUACAUCAGUCCAACAAGGACAGGCAGUGAAAGAUGCUGGUGGUGCAGCCAUGAUUCUCAUCGACGAGGAGCGCCAGGGCUUCAGCACAUCAGCAGACGCUCAUGUCCUUCCCGCUACAAACGUCAACUACGAGGAUGGUCUAAAAAUCCUUGCCUAUAUAAAUUCAUCAUCUUCUCCAACUGCAACUAUCGUGUUCAAAGGAACAGUAAUUGGUGAUAAGAAUUCUCCAAUGGUAGCUUCAUUUUCUUCCAGAGGCCCAAGCAUCUCAAGCCCUGGAAUUCUGAAGCCUGAUAUUUUAGGCCCUGGUGUCAACAUUCUUGCAGCAUGGCCUACUUCUGUCGAAAAUAAUACUAACACGAAAAACAAUUUCAAUGUCAUCUCUGGUACAUCCAUGUCUUGCCCUCACCUCAGUGGCGUUGCAGCAUUGAUCAAGAGUGCACACCCCGACUGGUCUCCAGCUGCCAUCAAAUCAGCAAUGAUGACUACAGCUGAUACAAUGAAUCUUGGAAACCGGCCGAUUCUGGACGAGAGGCAUUUGCCUGCUGAUGUUUUAGCAACCGGUGCAGGUCAUGUCAAUCCCACCCGAGCAAAUGAUCCCGGACUCAUUUAUGACAUCGAGACUCAAGACUAUGAGUCGUAUUUGUGUGGUCUGAAUUACACGAGUCGGGAAAUUUUCAUAGUUCUGCAACGUCACCUUAACUGCUCGUCCAACUCAAGAGUUCAUGAAGGACAGCUAAAUUAUCCUUCGUUUUCGAUCAGGUCUGGAUCAUCUGAUCAGACAUUCACAAGGACAGUGACUAAUGUUGGGGACGCCAGUUCGAGUUACACUGUUGAGGUUGUUUCACCACGAGGCAUCAAUGUGGCUGUCAGCCCACAGACACUUAAUUUCUCAGAGUUGAACCAGAAAUUAACAUAUGAAAUUACAUUUCGUAGAUCAGAAAAUGCUGGUACCAGCACUGUUUCUCAGGGAUAUAUUGUCUGGCAAUCAGCCAAGCAUUCAGUUAGGAGCCCAAUUGCUGUCUACGGGGCAGAUAUUUAAGGCUAGCAUUCAAAUUAUGAUCAUUAAAUGUGGCUAAAAUGCAUUUUACCCUGCUGUAAUUUGUUAAACAAGUUAAAAAUCCUUUUGUAUU